AUUGAACUUUUCACUUUUCAGGUUGCGAGGAAAACGCACGCAUUUAGUACAUCAGUGAGCAAAGCCAGUCUUCGAGCUUCUAUAUACACUACAGACGAGAAUCGGUGAUUUCCCGUCGUCUCCAAUUUCCUGAUCACUGUUUUAAAACCCUUCUCCCAUCUUCACAAUCCCUCAAAGAGAAAGGUUUAAUGGAUAACAACAAUGGCAUUCCUCCUCAAGAUGGACAGCCCUCAAUGGAAGCAGGAGAUUGGAGGAGCAGAAUGCCCACGGAUAUGCGGCAAAGACUUAUCAAUAAGAUAAUGUCUACAUUGAAGGCGCAUCGCCCCAUUUCUGGUCAAGAGGGAUUAGAUGAACUCGAGGAAAAUGCUGUAAGUUUGGAGGAAAAGAUUUAUGCUGCUGCCACUAGCCAGUUGGACUAUCUCUGGAAAAUUAUGCUCACAGUUGUGACCAAGCCACAGAAUACAACAUCCAAUCCUCUAGAAUCCAAUGGCAAGGGACCUCUCGAUUCAGUUGCUGAUCAAGGACAAUCAGUCUCAAUGUCAUUGCCAGCCAAUCAGUCCCAAACAAGGCAACAUUUCGUACCACAGAACAUACAGAAUAACAUUCUGCCUGCCAGAGUUCAAAGUUAUGCUGGGUUGUCAUCUGGACUUUCUCCUACCAUAAACUAUCAAACAAGGGAACAAUUUGUACCGCAAAAUAUUCAGAAUAGCAUUCUGACUGCUGGAGUUCAAAGUUCUGUUGGCUUAUCAUCUGCACUAUCUCCUACCGGAAACUAUCAUCUGUAUGGCCUCCAACCCCCUGCCCCUGGUCAAAAUAUUCCCGGCUUAUCAUAUGCACUGCCUCCUCCACAGGGUCUGAAUAAGUCUGCACUACUUGCCUCUAUUCCGUCUGGCUUUUCUUCUGCUCCAGCAUCUAUUAUGCGACCUUCCACACUGCAGUCAUCUCUCCCUAGGCUUCAGCAGAAUCAACAAUCAACUAUUCCCCACUCUUCACAAUCCAUGCUUCAGCAAACAGCAGUGCCACAACAGCAAAUGUUGCCCCAACAGCAUCAACAGCAACAGUUAACAGGGUCUUCAACAGAUCAGCAGAACAAGAAGAAUCCAUCGCAGUCGAUUGCAGAGCUGUUAACCACAAUAAAGAACUCACAGCAGCAGGUCCCUAUGGGCUCUAUUCAACAGACUCCGGUCAGUGCUCCCCAGCAAGCUAACAUGAAUGUACAGAGUGGGAUUAACACAUUGCACCCAAACGUUAUUCCACUCAGUAUUCUUCAGAACCAACAACAAUAUCAGAAUCAACUUCAGCGACAAUAUCAAAUCCAGCUACUACAUCAACAGAGUCAACAGCUGCAGUUGAUGCAGAUGCAGCAGAUAAAUCAACAACUGCAACAGCAGCUGGCUAGACAGUCGCAGACACACCAAAUGCCACAGCUCCACCAAAUCAGAGUUGUUGACGCAAACAUGAAUGCCUCGUCAUCACAGAGUGGGAGUAAUAUGCUGCAGGCAAACAUUGUUUCUCCUCUGCCAAACUCUGGUAUUGUUGAUAACCAGCAUCUGAAGCAAGAACAGGAGCAGAAAAUGUUUAAGCAUCAACCCCAGCAACCAUAUCAACAGCUACAGAUCCAGAUGCCGCAGAUGCUUCAAGAAAAGCAACAGCAAAAGAUACAGCAACUAGAGCAACAAGCAAAGCAUCAGCUGUGUCAUAUUUAUUUCAUUUAUCUCAUCUUUCUCACCAUUCUGAUGGGUGCUCUCAUCUUCGGGAUAGGCCAUUGAUGUAUUUAGGCCUUGUUCUCCCCGACCGUACUAUCUGACUAUCCUUUGAUGAGCUUUUAAGUUGAUCCUGAUGUUUCACAGGGACAACUGGACUUUUUAGCUGAACGUAAUUUUAAUAUCUCUUUUGAGGACUA